AUGAUAAAUUUGGCUACGACUGAAAUGAAGGGGUAUAUCAUCAUCGAUAUGGCAAGACAAUUUCAAGAACCAUCGAAUGAUGUUGUGCCCUCCCCUGAGUGGGGCAUCAUUAUGUUGUCAUCCCCGCACGAAGAUAACUUCAAACAAUGGGCGAAGCAGGCGGAUGCUAUCGAAAUCAUCAUGAAUUGCCCCGAUGAAAACGACGUGAAGGCGAUGUGUGCGUGGGAGACACGCAAUACGACUGAAGAGGAGCAGGUGGAGUAUUGGAGAAGGAUGCAAAGACGCAUGGAUGACGUCGGACAGAUUCCACGAUGCAUCUUUCACGACAAUGAAUAUAAGGACCGCGUGGAGGAAAUCGAUAACGUCCUGGCAGCUAUCGACGCCUCAAAUGCUGUACAUUAUGGGAUGAUUGGGGGCAUGGGAAUGUGGCCCUCGAAUGACGCUUCUCACAAACUUGUGAAGGUUCUCAGAUUAAUAACACAAAAAGAUGUUGAGGAGUUUGUUAACCUGCCGGUCUGUUUUUCCAUUGAAAGCGAAUUAAUUGCAAGGUUGCUCGAAGUGGAUGAGAAGAAUGACAUUAUUUAUCGACUAUUGAAGUACCGGAAAGUGUUGUUGCCGGAACUUUUGGAGCGGUACACUCUGCACGUAUUCCUGCGUAGAGUCUUUAUGUAA